AUGGAUGAAAUUCAGCAGGAGGAAAUAUCUCCAGAAAAACGCCUUUCUAGGUAUUUAUUAGAAAUGCCAUAUGCAUUUAGAUACGCAUGGAACCUAAAAGCCAAAAACUCCCUUUUUCACGAACUAUUUUGCGCCAUGACAGGCUAUAAUCAAUGUUUUGAAACAUUCUUCUUUAAAAAAGGAGUACCUACUAUAGAAGAAAACCCAGUUAUUCAAAAGGAUCCAGAAUUUCACAAAUUUACAGCCAUGGUUGAAAAUGAUUCAGAUAAUGAAGAUGAAGUUAUAAGGAUGAGUAAAGAAGAUGUACAUAGUAAAAAAGCAUCUUGUGGGAGUAGUCGAUCAGAAGGGCCCUGUGGUCAUGUAUUUAAAAAAGAAGAAGCUCUUUAUCAUUGCAGAAACUGCUCUGUAGAUGAUACAUGUGUGCUUUGUUCAAAAUGCUUUAGAUCAUCUGAUCACAAUGGUCAUGAUACAUUGAUGAAUUUAAAUUCUAAAGGAGGUGGAUGUUGUGAUUGCGGAGAUCCAGAUGCAUGGAAAGUAGAUAUUAAUUGCUCAAUACACUUUCAAAAAAUACGUAGCCAUAAUAAACUAGUCAAUAAAAACAUAGAAGAAUUAUCAAAUAUCCCAAAAGAAUUAUCAACUUAUAUUGAAAUGACAAUAGAAAGAGCACUUGAUUAUGUACUAGAUGUCUUAUCAUGUUCUCCUGAGAAGCCUCACCUACUUGAUGCUCAAGGUUUGGAACGGUUGGAAGAAUCAUCAAGGUUAUAUGCAGAUAGAUAUGGGACAGAAGAUUAUCCAUAUUCAAUAUGGGCAGCUAUAUUGUGGAAUGAUGAAAACCAUACCUUUCAAGAAGUUAUAAACCACGUAUCUCGAGUAACACAUAGAGAUGAGGAAUUCGGUAAACGCGUAGCAAAUAGAGUUGAUAGAAGAGGAAGAGAUACUAUUAUUGUUUCAAAUAACCUUGAUUUAGUCCAAAAUAUCUGUGAUAAAAUUGGGCAAAUAAAAUUAAAAGUUACAAUAAGAUCAGCUAGAGAUACAUUUCGAGAAAAUAUGUGUGGAGCAAUUAUCGAAUGGCUUAAAGAUAUAUCUUUAUCUAGGAUAAAAAACAAUGAAAAUUAUAUGCGGGAUAUUAUAUGCAAAUUGCUUUAUGAACCGUGGAAGAAAGGAACAUCCGCAUCUAUGAAUUUUUUUUUAGACAAACAUACUACUAAUAAAUCGUGUGAUAAUUUGCUAACUAAAGAAUCAAAGGAUACGAAUAAUGAAACAAGAAAAAUAGUUAUGAAUACAGGAGAUGAUAUUACAAUAAUUGGGAAUGUUAACUUGAACAGACCAAUUUUAGAAUCCAUGAACCAAAAAUUUUCAAAACCAUCUUACGAGAUUAUACCUGAAACACAUUGGGUUCCAGAAAAAUCACAUAUAAUGGAAACUACAUAUACGAAAAACAAAAGCGAGCUAAGAAUUGAUAAAUUGCUAUCUUUCGAUAUAAAACUUUGGAAACAAGUUAGAUCUACAGUCAGAGAGUUAUAUAUUAGUACAAUGAUCAUGUCUUCUUAUUAUAAAUAUUUUAUGGCUGUUCGCUUUUCUCAAUUAUAUAAUCAUUUGAUAGAAGGAUAUAUAUUUACUGAAACAGAACCAGAUCAAUCAAUAAUAAAUUUUUCUGUUCAGCUUUUUACAGUACCAGAUAUAGCUUUGAAACUUGUACAAUUUUGUGACUUUUUAACAAUUCUUAAUGGGUUUAUAUAUAAUUUCCUUACUCAUGGUCAACCUAAUCUCACUAAUAUUAAUCCUCAAGCAACAUUGGUUUCUAAUCCAUCAAAUCUUUCAAAAAGAGGCUAUUGUCAAAUGUUUGGAGACAUCCGAUAUAUUCUUAAUACAAAAUCAGUACAGAAAAUAAUUCCAGCAAAUCCUAAAUAUCUUCUACAAUUUAUAGAUAUAUUGAAGCUAUUUCAAGGAAUGAAUCCUUGUCAUAGAAUUAUUGGGGCCCAUAUUGAAUACGAAUCUGAAAGUUGGAUUUCUGCUUUUCAUUUAACAAUAGAAGCAACAAAACUUAUAAAAGCAAUAUCUUUACCUUACAAAAAUGCACUAUCAUCCGAUCUUUGUAUUGGCAUAGCAAUUAUCAUGAAAUAUCUUUUACAGUGGUCCUUAGGGUAUGAAACAGAGCGUUUUCCUACAUAUGAACCAAUUUCUAUUCAUUAUCUUAACAAUGAAAUAACAUUUCAUUCUGGCAACAUUUUUAGUGUUUCUAAAGACCCAAUCAGCUUCCAUCAUCCUUUACAUUGGCUUCUUAUAUCUUUACUUGAAAAUGCUACUUCUUUGAAUAAAUCAGAUUUGUUAAAAAAUGGUUAUUGUACUAUUUCAGAUGUUUUAUCAGCAAAAUUCCAAGAAAUUGAUCCAAAAGCUAAUAUAAAUAUAGUAAAAAAUCAUCUUAUUAGGUUAAUAGGCGAUUAUCCUCUAUCUGUUUGUGUAUGUAUAGAUCAGAUCCGUGCUGGACUUUGGGUUAGAAAUGGAAUAUCCAUUAAAGGUCAAGCACAUCACUAUCAUGACCUUUCUUUACGUGACCAUACAUAUGAUAAAGAUAUUAAAUGGAUACAACUUUUAACUGUAUGUGGGGCAAACUUAGAUGACGCAGUUCUUCAAAUUGCCCGACGAUACGAUAUAAUCGAUAACGAGGAAAUUUGGUCGUUAAGGAACGCAGAACAACAUCCUCAUUAUGACAAAUCACAAUAUUUUUUUAUGUUUGAGUCUUUAUUAUCAUUGUUUAUUACUUUAUUUUCAGAAAGAUCUAUAGCAUUACCGCUUGAUAUUAAUGAAAGUACAAAAAAAGAACUCUCACAAAUUCUCUGUUUUGGACCUCUCACAUAUUCCGAAAUUAUUAAGAAAGUUCCAGAAAAUUUAUACAAUGGUGAAAACUUCAACAACAUUCUUACUUCUUUAUGUAUCUAUCGCCCACCAAGAGGGCUCCAUGAUUAUGGAACAUAUGCAUUAAAAGAGAAGUAUUUUGAUUUAGUAGAUCCAUACUAUUACCAUUAUUCAUGGAAUCAACAAGAAGAAGCAGACUCUAUUCUUAAAAAAAGAGCAAAUGAGAAAGGUGUUUGCUAUGAAAAAGAUAGAAUAUCAAAUUUUAAAAUCAAGCCUGUUGAAGAUGGUCCAUUCAAAGGACUAGGCUCUUUUACACAAACAUUAACAUUUACAAAAUUAAUUUACAUGUGUUUACUUUAUAGUAUAAAUCAGAAUCAAAAACCAGAAUCGCUUAUUGAUAAGGCUAUCUACCUUUGCAUUCUCGCAGUUAAACAAGAAACCAUUCAACCUCAUGAAGAUAAAUCUUACAGUUUCACAAAAUUUGCUAAUUCAAAUUUUAAAGAAAUUCCUUUUGACUAUGACUCAAAUGAAACAAACACUACACUAAUAUCUCUUAUUUCGAAUAUGUUGCGAAAAAAAGAUUUACAAUUUAUCUAUGAUAAAAUCCAUGUAUUUUUAUACUUAAUAAAAACAUCUAAUAUUUCUUCUACGAACUCAAAAGAAAAAGAAUUUAUUGAAGAUGAACAAAAUUCGUCAACAUCAAUAGAGAAAACAUCAUUAGAAUUUGAAAAAAAGAAAAAAGCAGCAAAAGAACGCCAUGCAAAAAUUAUGGCACAAUUUCAGCAACAACAACAAAAUUUUCUAGAAAAAAACUUAGAUUUUGACAUUCCAGGAAUUUUAAUGAUCAAUAACAAUAAUCCAAAUCAAUCUGCUAGUACAGAGGACUGGCAAUUCCCAUCUGGAAUAUGUAUUGUAUGUCAAGAAGAAACUAACGAAUUUCGUUUAUAUGGUUCAUUAGGAAUGAUUCAUCAAAGCCCAUUACUUCGUACAACUCCUUUAAAUGAUUUUGAUUUUAUACAAGAUAUUAUUGAUCUCCCGUAUGAUUUAGAUAAAAAUUUGGAUCAUAUUCGACCAUAUGGAAUUGUUUUUAAAGACAUAAAAAAGUAUGAUACAUCUAAAGUUCAUCCUAAAGAUGAAAUUAAUAAAAACUGUAAUAUAGCUAAAGGAUUUCCUCCAAAUCAUAUAUAUCAUGGAUUGUUUGCAACAAGUUGUGGUCAUCUUAUGCAUGCUACAUGUUUUAAAAGAUUUUAUAAUUCUCUUGCGUUAAGAAUUCAUGGUCAACUAUCAAGGAAUGCUCCUGAAAAUAUUUCUAAAAAAGAAUAUCUAUGCCCGUUAUGUAAGAGUAUGGGAAAUGUUUUUUUUCCAAUUAUAUGGAAAAAAAAUAAAAAAAUAUAUCCAGAAAUCUUCAAACCAAAAACAUUGUACAAAGAAUGGAUUUUAAGUUCUCUCGAGUCAUUUUUAAUAACAUUUGAACCGAGUAUUAAAAGCGGAAAUAUUAACAAAAACAUACAAUCAACUCAAAGAAAAAUAGAGCAAUCUUCAUACGAGACAUAUUUAAAUGAGAAAGUUACAGGAUUUUCGCAAAAAGAAAAUAAUAUAAAUAACACACAAACUAUGCAAAUAUAUACUUUUGAUUCUAUUGUAAAACCUAUAGCCGAUUUACUGAAAACAUCAUUACUUUUACCACGCAAUAGGAAUUAUCCCGUAGAUAAUUUCAUUGAACCUUUGUUUUCUGGAGCUAGUUUACGCAUUCCUUUACCUUUUUCUGUCCAGACAAAUUAUAAUAACGAAGCAGAUACUUUACACAUUAUGUAUAAAUUAUUAUCAGAAGUAUUAAACAUAAAUUCACACGGGUCAUUUGCAAAAUGGUCAGAGUCCAGCAUUUUUGGUCUUGAGAAAUUAUGGCAUUUAUUUAGUUACACUAUAUCAGGUAUAGAAGCAAUACAAAGAGGAAAGGAUUCGAUAUUGGAUGGAAUUACUGGUUCUACACUUAUCGAUGGAAUAUCGGAACAAUCCAAAACAUUACUUCGAAUAAUUUGUGAAACAAUUGUAACUUACAUCACAAUAGGACUUACUUCAAAAUUUCAAAAUAAUAUUCAAAAAGAAUUUUUAAAAAAAACAGAAACAAGAAUAUAUCAGUUAUUUUAUGGCCAUCCGAUUUAUAAAGAUAUUCAACUAAAGAUAUCUGAAUUUAAACCUAUACUUUUUGAAGACAUUUUUUCAGUUUUAGUAGAUUCCAGCUUUUGUAUAUUACCUAAUGUUUCCGAUACACAUCAUCUUAUAAGAAUAUGCUAUUUAGCAGAAAUAACAAAAAUCGUACUCGCCUUGUUACAGCUUUCUAAAAUUAUAAACUCUAAUGGAGAAUGGCCUAAUAAUAUUCAAGAUUCUGUAGUAAAUUUUAAAAAAUUUGUUAUAUUUUGUUCUAAAAAAUUCAAAAACACAGAAAAUAUAGAAUAUAGUGAUAUUGUUUUGCUAAGGUAUAAACUUUUAGUUCGGAAAUAUGCUUUAGUAUUUGUAAGGAAACUUGCAAUACUGAUGUUUAGUAAGUUUGGAGUGACAUUUUCGUCAAAAAUAGAAAUGCAAAACAACUGUGAUUAUGCUACUAAUGAUGAGCUUUCAAGACUUACAAAACUUAUGAAUCUUCCAACUUUAGAAGAAAUUUAUGCUAUUUCUCAAGGAGUUACCGAAAUAGACCUUAUUCAACAAGAUCUUGUUUUUGGUUGGAUUACCCAUCUUAAUAGCGUCUAUUUGUCUUCAAAUAAUAACACUUUACAGCUUCAUAACAUACUAUCACUUAAUCAUCCAACAAUUAUAGAACUUUUAGCACUUCCAAGACAUCUUCAUGUUCUUCUUGAAAAAAGCAUGGAAACUAAAUGUCUUAAGUGCAAUACUAUUCCACAAGCACCUGCUCUAUGUCUUUUCUGUGGUUUAUUUGUUUGCAGUAGAUCAACAUGUUGUUCGGAAGGAGAUUUGGGUGAAUGUAAUAUUCACAUGCGAAAAUGUGGAAGAAGUAUCGGAAUAUAUUUUUUAAUAAAAGAAUGUGCAAUUCUAUUUAUACACGGUUCUAAUGGAAGUUUUACAAGUGCACCUUAUCUUGACAUUCAUGGUGAAACUGACUUCGAACGUGGAAGACCUCUUCAUUUAUAUCAACAUAGAUAUGACUUAGGCGUUAGAAACUUAUUUCUUCAACACAGCAUACCUAGUUUUAUUGCAAGAAAAUUAGAAUCAGUUUUAGAUACAGGUGGAUGGACUACAUUAUAA